CUGUCAAAAUGUUGAUCAAGGAGUAUCACAUUCUGCUGCCCAUGAGCCUGGCAGAGUACCAGGUGGCCCAGCUCUACAUGAUCCAGAAAAAGAGCAGAGAAGAAUCAAGCGGAGAGGGCAGUGGAGUCGAGAUCCUGGCCAACCGGCCCUACAGCGAUGGCCCUGGCGGGAGUGGUCAAUACACACACAAGAUCUACCACGUAGGCUCCCACAUCCCCAGCUGGUUCCGUGCCCUCCUGCCUAAAGCAGCUCUGCAGGUAGAGGAAGAAUCCUGGAAUGCCUAUCCUUACACACGGACCAGAUACACCUGCCCUUUUGUGGAGAAAUUUUCCAUUGAGAUUGAGACCUAUUACCGACAGGAUGUUGGGAAACAGAAUAAUGUCUUCAACCUGAGUGCUGUAGAGCGCAGGCAAAGGAUUCUGGAUACCAUUGACAUUGUGCGAGACCUCAUCUCACCCAGUGAAUAUAAAGUGGAAGAGGAUCCACGGCUUUAUCGCUCUGUCAAGACAGGACGUGGGCCUCUGGGAGAUGAGUGGUUAGAGAACAUAGGCGAUGGGCCUCUCAUGUGUGCUUACAAGCUUUGUAAGGUGGAAUUUCGCUACUGGGGCAUGCAGUCCAAGAUUGAACAGUUCAUCCAUGAUGUAGGUCUGCGAAAGGUGAUGCUGCGGGCACACCGCCAGGCGUGGUGCUGGCAGGAUGAGUGGAUAGACCUCACCAUGGAUGACAUCCGGAGGCUGGAGGAAGAGACAGCACGCAUGUUGGCCCAGAAGAUGGCCAAGUGCUUGGAGCCUGCCCCAGAAACGUCCUCACCCAGCCCCGAAGGCCAGGCUGAGCCAGGCAACCAAGAGAAGCAGGACAGCACUACUAGCCUAAGAACUCCUGAGAUGUCACGAGAUGAAGCAUUUGCCAAGCAGUGGUCAGCAACUUCUCGCUCUUCCUACUCUUCUCAACAUGCAGCUGGAGUGUCUCCUCACAGCUUAUCAGAGUGGCGGAUGCAAAAUAUUGCACGGGACUCCGAGAACAGCUCUGAGGAGGAAUUCUUUGAUGCUCAUGAGGAUCUCUCAGAUAGUGACGAUGUUUUUGCAAAAGAAAUCACUAAGUGGAACUCUAAUGAUUUUCUCGAUACUCUGGAGCGGCCCAGUGAGCAGGAUGACCUCCUUGCUGAUGCUGCUGGUGCAGCCAAGCCAGAGAGUGAUGGGAUCACUAUGCCAGGCCAAACAGAGGCUGGCCCAGAAGACCUGUCUAGUACAUGCCGUAUCCAUGCACUCUUCCUGAUCCUGCACAGUGGCAACAUCCUAGACCAAGGUGUGGGAGAACCAGGCUCUAAGCAGGCUGACGUGCAGACGCUCACCGCCACCUUGGACUCGGUCACCCGCCUGCACUUCCCUGAAGCAUUGGGGCACAUUGCAUUGCGCCUGGUGCCCUGUCCGUCUAUCUGUGCUGCUGCCUAUGCCCUAGUCUCCAAACUCAGCCCCUACAGUCAUGACGGGGACAGUCUAUCCAGCAGCCAGGACCAUAUUCCACUGGCGGCUUUGCCACUCCUGGCUACCUCCUCAGGCAGCUACCAGAAUGCAGUGGCAACAGUUAUUGCCCGUACCAACCAGGCUUAUGCUAACUUCAUCCAGUCUCCUGAUGGUGCUGGCUUCUGUGGUCAGGUGCUGCUGAUUGGUGACUGUGUUGGGGGAAUCCUGGCCUUUGAUGCCCUUUGUCACAGUCGGGCUGGAGGGGCAGGGAGUCGUGGGAGCAGCCGGCGUGGCAGCAUGAAUGCUGACCUGCUUUCUCCCGAGGUGUCUGUGGUGCGAGACCCAAUGCUCGAAAAGGCCGAGGUGCUGUGGGGCCGUGCCAGUCCUGAGCCAUCCGGGCUGCUGUCUACCCAGAAACGCAGCGACAACAACGUGGCACCAGAAGCAGAUUCUCUGCAACAGCAGCAGCAGUUCUUGUCCAGCCUGCAGGCCAGCGUGCCUGCUUCAGAGGCAGAAGGAGACCUUCGGCGCAGCAGUAAUUCUUCAUCUUCAAUGAUAGAGACUUUUGAGGGGACAAACACCAUUGGGAAACUAGAAUUCAAGGUGUCUGGUUUCUUCUUGUUUGGCUCACCCUUGGGACUCGUGCUUGCCCUUCGUAAGACAGUGAUGCCAGCCAUGGAUGUGGCCCAGAUGCACCCGGCCUGUGAACAGGUCUACAACUUGUUUCAUGCCGCUGACCCCUGCGCCUCCCGUCUGGAACCUCUGCUGGCCAAACAGUUCCAUGCUGUGCCACCCUUUGCCAUUCCCCGCUAUCAGAAAUAUCCACUGGGAGAUGGCUCCUCUACGUCAUUGGCUGAGUCUGUGCAAGCUCACUCUGCCCUCUUCUUGGAUGAUCUGGACCUCGUGACACCGCCUACUCCAACAGGGGCUUUUGGAGGCUUCUGGAAAGGAAAUGAGACGUCCACCAGCGAGGUCCCUGUAGGUAACACCAGUGAAGUUGUCAAGAUUCUGGAGCGUUGGUGGGGUGCUAAGCGCAUUGAUUACUCCCUCUAUUGCCCGGAGGCACUGACGGCCUUUCCCACCAUUACCCUACCCCACCUCUUCCACGCCAGCUACUGGGAAAGCGCUGAUGUAGCUGCCUUCAUCCUGCGCCAGGUGAUUGAGACAGAGCAGCCCCAAGUGACAGAGAAUGAGGAGAGUUCCAUCUACAGCCCAGCAUUCCCCCGUGAAAAAUGGCAGCGCAAGCGCACACAAGUGAAGAUCCGGAAUGUCACCGCGAACCACCGGGCCAGUGAUGUCAUUGUGUGUGAAGGGCGUCCCCAGGUCCUCAGUGGGCGCUUCAUGUACGGGCCACUGGACGUGGUGGCUCUAACCGGGGAGAAGGUAGAUGUCUACAUCAUGGCACAGCCACUGUCGGGAAAAUGGGUGCACUAUGGCAUGGAAGUGACAAGUGGCAGCGGGAGACUCUCUUACACUCUCCCGGAGGAGAAGAUGCUGGGCAUUGGCAUGUACCCUGUCCGUGUGGUAGUUAGAGGUGACCAUACCUAUGCUGAAUGCUUUCUGACCGUGGUAGCCAAAUCCACACCUUCUGUUGUCUUCAGUAUUGAUGGCUCCUUCACAGCCAGUGUCUCCAUUAUGGGCAGUGAUCCUAAGGUGCGCGCUGGCGCUGUUGAUGUUGUGAG